UCGUUCCAAAGGGAGGUCACUCUAAACUAACGGUGACAUCGAAAACAAAAAUAUGACGGAGUCAGAGAAAUGAGACUGCUAAUAGUUUUAGUUUUAUUGACAGCAGUGGAUAUCAUAAGUCCGUCUGAUUCAACAACAUUAAGAUUCGUACAAAUUCUGUUCCGCCAUGGUGACCGUAGUCCGACCCAUGUGUACCCCACAGACCCCUAUCAGGAGGACUCCUGGCCCCAGGGGUUUGGGCAGCUCUCCAAGGUUGGCAUGCAGCAGAUGUAUGAAGUGGGUCAGUUCAUCAGAACACGCUAUGUAGGCGCUGGCUUCCUGACUGCUAACUACACAAACACAGAGAUUCGUGUUCAGAGCACAGACAUUGACAGAACGUUGAUGAGCGCCUACUGUGUUCUCACUGGCCUUUAUCCACCAGAGGGCAGUCAAGUUUGGAAUGGCACAUUACCAUGGCAACCAAUACCAGUGCACACAGUUCCCCGAUCAGAGGAUUAUCUGCAUCUGCACUGCCCGGCCUAUGAGAAGGCGUACGAGGAGAUGAUGAAGAGUCCCCCCGUGAUUCAGAUACAGAAUGAACACAAGGAUCUUAUAGACUAUAUCUCCCAGCAUGCUGGUCUGAGUGCUACACUUGACAGUCUACUCCUGAUAAUGGAUCCUCUCUUGUGUGAGCAAAUACACAUGAAGCCCUAUCCAUCAUGGCUGACAGUAAACAACACUGCAGACAAAAUCCUCCAGCUGUUGGAUCUGAAAGGCCAACUGAGGACAAAGACACCCGAACUUGUUCGCAUCAGGGGAGGUCCACUGCUUGGAAGAAUAAUACAGAAUAUGAAAGACCAGAUCACUAAUAAUUUGACAAAGAAGGCCCUUCUCUUCUCCGCACAUGACUCCACAAUCGAAGCCUUUCUUAGUACCAUGAAUGCAUUCAAUGGUCUCUACAUCCCCUACGCAGCCAGUGUCUACGUGGAACUACACGUCAUCAAUGAUGCUCCAGUUGUGAAGGUGUUGUACAGAAAUGACACCACUGCUGAACCCUAUGUGCUCAAAAUAAAAGGUUGCGGGGACCACUGCACUGUGUCGAAACUGGAACAACUGACUAAGCAUAUGAUACCAGCCGAUCCCAAGGCCACCUGUGAGGGGGACACACACAGGGAGCACGUGUCAGGAGCAACAAUAGCUGUAGCUGUCCUCAUCCCGGUACUCCUGGCAGUAUUCCUGGCCAUCCUGGCAGUGAGGUUUAUGCAAGAGAGGAAGCGACAGGCUUUGUACCGAUACCGACCGGUCAACGAACACUUGUGACUAGCACGAUGGCGGAUCUGUCGGAUCAGAAACAUUCCACUUUUUAUCAAAUCUUGUUUUUUGCAAGUUGCAAGAUGUUUUCCUCGCAAAAAAUUCAAAUGAUAUGAGACUCCCUUUUUUCAUAUACUAGAUCUGAUACAGUUGUAUUAUUUUCUGAUUCAGAGCUGCUUGACCGAAGAUUCAAUAUGAAGUGUUUUUCAUCUAUAUAUACAAUACAUAUCACCAUUGGGUGAUCAUCUUCCCGAGGCAAAGGUGUUCACUGACUGUUAAAGUCCAGUUUCCACCCUUGCCGAACUCGGCUGGAUUUUCCAGGCUCCAUCGUAGUGCCUCCAGUGGCUUUUACAAGUUAUAUCCCUUCUAUGUCCCUCCUAUUGACCAAUCAGAUUCAACCUCUCAUAUCAUUUGCAUUUGCUUCUAACAAAAUGGCAAAAAUCCAUGUUGUUUUCGAACCGGGUGCCUAGUUGGUCACGCGAGUUUGAUAGGUCCAAAAUGUAACUCCGGAAUACCAGCCUAGUUGGGCAAGGGUGAAAACUGGACUUUUGAAGUCAGUUAACUCCCUUGCCUGAGGAAAAUGUUGGUUGAUUCCCAUGUCAUCUUCCAGACCAGACCAGUAUGUUUACUUGUCUUUCAGUUAAGCCAUCCAAUCCAUUUGGGGAUAAAUUGUAAAACAAGUAACAGGGCUCAAUUUGAAAAAUGCAACCUAAUAGUCAUGUCUACAUGCACCAAGUACAUGUCAAAAAUAUUCUGACUAACCCUUACUUGUCCACCCAACAACGAUCUUUAAACACACACUCCAUACCUUAGAAUCUUAGCUUUAUGUACCAUCCUACAUCACUAAUCCAUGUGUUAUGUGUAAUUCAUGACACAGCCAUCUAAGAUCGGAGAUUGUACAUUAUAUUUAGACUAGUUUAUGCAUCCAUGUUUCAACUUUUAUAAAUUUUUGUUACCAAGGUGCAACCUGGUUUUUGCAACUAGCUUUUGAUGUCUACAUGCAUCUGGUGCAAGUUAAAUCAAUUUCCUGAAAUCGAGCCCUGAGUAAGAAACUUUGUCUAGCCUCAAUGUGCCAUGUUCAGGAAGAGGUUUUAACAUUAAUACCUUGUCGACAGUAGCUUGGUGGAGGAACUUCAUUCUAGUCAUUCUACUUUUGUAGAUUGAAACUCUGACAUUCUACAUAAACAUCAUGAAGGUAAUAAGUCCCCCCAAAACCAAAAGGCUGUUUCUGGUUUCCAUGCCAACCUUCACCUGGAGCCCGGACCCUGAGUUUUUCCUCGUUUCUUGAGUUGCACGACAGCUUUUUCACCAUCCUGGUAUAUUGUUCGUAUCUUACGCCACUGGCAUAAUUAUCUUGGGCAAAUACAGCAAAUUACCAUUUUCCCCACCUGUUUAUCCUCAUUUAGGUUGGCCUGAAAUUGGAAACACACAUUUUUUGACCUAACAUAACAUUCCCAAGCUUGAAAAAUAUGUUAUCAGUAUUACAGAAUAUUUCUGUACAGUCGAAGAAGAGGAUGACAGGUCUUUUGAAGGGAUGUUUGAUCAUUUAAUUAAACGUCACAUAGAAUCUGUGUACUGAUUUUGUAAGAUGUGAACCUUGUGGUGAAUAAUUGAAAUUCAACAUUGAAUUUAGACAUAAAAUUCAACAUUGCUGUCAGAACAUUUCAACACUGACAUUCAACACUGACAUUCAACAAUGACAUUCAACACUGACAUUCAACACUGACAUUCAACAAUGACAUUCAACAAUGACAUUCAACAAUGACAUUCAACAUGGUAAUUGAUAAUUAUCACAACAGUGCAUGUCUCAAAAUGGCUGUGGCAGAAGAUGAAUUAUGAUAAGAAUAUUGAAAUAUAUUUUUUUAAGGCCUUGCAGACAACUGUCAACCUUAGAGCAUAAAAAAACGAGAAUAUUCUUUUUGCUUUUAUUUUUCUGAUUUCGAGAGGCAUGGAAAGCCUUUCAUCUUCCCUCUCAGACGUUAUGCAUCGUUACCAUUGCUGACCACUACCAUUGUAGAAAUGGCCUCCAUUUUGAAGCUGAAAGGGACUCUAUCCAACUGUCAUGGGUUCAGGGAACUCAGGUGUUUCAGUGUCACAAAUUAAGUAUGGAGGGCAUUGGUCUUGUAUUGACCCAAAGUUAUCGAGUCAGAGGGUCCCUAGAUGCAAGUACUAUAACAGCAAACCCCAGCACCCUCUUAAUCUCAAACACUGUAUUGUGUUUCCUACUUCAUUGACAUAUCUUUAUGUAUCAUAGAGGAAUGUAUGAUUGAAUACCCACAAUCUUAGAGAAACCGUUGGGUGUAGCAGGGAUAGACACAGCCGCUAGUCCAAGACUAGUCCAAGACUAGUCCAAGACUAGUGAAAGUUGAUAUGGAACAGUUCUGUCCAAAACUAGCCCGAAGCCCAAGUCUAGUAACAUUAUGCUUGGUCUAGUAAGCUCAGCUAAUAGUAGUACAUGUUAUAACACUUAAGUCUACUGAAAAUGAUGCGAAGGGUCCAGUUCGGGCGAGCGGACUCAAAAGUUUUUGGCACUGUUUGUUCUUUUCUCACAACAUAACCCCUAGUCUGAAAUGAGGUGGGAACUAGUUGGAUAUGACCAAGGUUGUCUACCCCUGUGGACUGUUGUUGUCUUAACCAUGCAAUGGUGAGUGUGCGUGUGCGUGUGCGUGUGCAUGUUUUCUUUAUAGUGGAUACAUACCCUUGCAUCACUUUGUUUGUUUUUAAAAUUUUAGACAUAUUUUGAAUGUGGAUUUGUACUUACGCAUUGUAAGGAUAAGAUUUAUGGAUGAACAACUUCUUUAUGACAGUAGCGUCUGCCCGGAGAGCGGAAGGUCUGGGGUUCGAUCCCUGGCCGCGUCAUACCAAAAGACGUUAAAAGAUGGUACUUGUU